AUGCCUUGCUGGCGCAGUUUCAUAGCAUUGAUCUGUCUGGCAAUCAUAGUUGUUGUUAUAACCAUCUGCCAAUCUUUUCACACAAAUUUUCUAACAGUGGGCCGUAAUGGAACUUUAAGAUAUGAGCCCACUGAACUGAAUCUUGGUCAGAUGCGAAUGAUCGCCGGACUCUCCGAUCCUGAAAAUCUUCGCAAGAAUGUGCAAAGGAUUGCGAUUAAGAGAGCAGUAAGCACACCGGGACAUUCGGAAGUGAGAAACUACAUAGUGGAUUACCUAAAGAAACUGAACUGGAACGUAGAGUUAGAUAUAUUUACGCAGAAAGUGCCUAUUAUGAGUAAUGUAACCUUUCACAAUAUUGUGGCCCGGCAAAAUCCUCAAACCCAAAGAUACCUAAUGUUUGGCUGCCACUAUGACAGCAAGUAUUUCAAGGAUUUCGAUUUUAUGGCCGCCACGGAUUCGGCAGUUCCCUGUGCACUAAUGUUAAAUAUGGCUACAAUUUUGAAACACCAGUUUCAUCGCUCCCAGGUCAGUUUAAUGCUGGUCUUCUUCGACGGUGAGGAGGCAUUUGGGGAAUGGUCGCAGGAGGAUUCGCCAUAUGGUUCCAGACAUUUGGCGGAGCUGUGGGAGAAGCACGGUUUUCUUGAUAAGAUAGACCUCUUCGUGCUGCCGGAUCUAAUUGGAGCCAAGGAUGUGGUCUUUAAGAAAAACAUUCUCGAUACAUCAGGCUGGUUCCACCGACUUGUACAGCUGGAGCUGAAGCUAUUCCAGGCGGGCAUUGUGCGCUCAGAACGUCCACUAUUCAAGUUUGAGCCCGGUAUAGAUGUAGAUGAUGACCACCUGCCUUUCACGAGACGCAACGUUCCGGUCAUACAUCUAAUAUCCAAUAAAUAUCCAGCAGUUUGGCAUCAAGCCGAGGAUGUAGAGAUGAACGUGGAUUACAAUACUACGGAGCAAGUGGGUCUAGUUCUGCGAAUGUUUGUAAUGGAAUACCUAAAUUCAGCACCAUCUAUAUCAAAUACCCUUAAAUAGUAACAAUAAAUAGAUGUCUUUAAAUACCUAUAUUGCAUAUUAAGUAAUAUAUACAGUUUUUGUUAGUAAAGGAGCGAAGUAUUUUAAAUUUUAGUUUAAGGUUCAAGAAAAAACAAAAAAACGAAAAAUCAAAUUGAUGGAAAUGAAGUGCUUUGCGAUCGUUUCUUUAUUAAUAACCACAAUUCUGACUUGGCCACAACCGCCGACUGCUGUGUUGUUACUUUUCGCCUCUGCUGGCAACCGAAUCGUAUCAAAUUUCCAUCCAUCCGCCAUCGUUUUUCCGCUCCCCAGUUGGCCAAAAGCCAUCAGCCAUCAGGCCACGGGCAACACUCGAAAUUUAUGUACGCUGCUCCCAGCUCGCUGAAAGCAACACGAAAGUUAAUUAAACUUGAAAAUAAUAAAAGCAAAGCGGAGCAGAACAGAACAGAAGCAGCACCAGAAGCUUCCAGGAGAAGAAGGAUGUGGAUGUGGAUGUGGAUGUGGCGAAUAAUGAAACAUAAAAAGUGUACAUCACAGCCAGCGGGCACCGCACCGAAUGGCGGACACGGGCCCAGAAAUCGGCUAGGGAUUGUACAUAUAUAUGUAUAUAUAUGUAUAUAUAUAUCCGCAGAUAUAUGUAGAUGAACUGGCAAAGGCACGGAGGUCGGUCGGUGGUCAUCAUUAGCAUAUCGCCGACAGCGGCGCGAAAAAGGGUUCCCAUUUGAAAAGUUAAUCGCCAGCUGAUGCUGCACUGCGAUUGCGAGUGGUGAAAAACCAGUGGAGCAGCACUCCACUCAAGGGAGUGGGCAAGUGGGAAAAGAGGGGGUGACGAUGACUGCGUUGACACUGACAGCCACCCAAAAGAACCCCCUCCAAUCCCAGAAAGACCCACCGAAGGCCAUAUCCCUGUCGUCGGACCUUAUCUGCGGACUGCAAUAAAAACGGACAAUAAUUAAAACUGGCAAAUAGAACUGGCACACUGCGACUGUGGGUCUGAACACUUGUCAAAAAGGGUUUUCUGCAAUGUCCUUUUAAUUACGAAGUAGCCUUAACAUUUUACAGAUUUUUUU